CCUUUAGUCAACAUAUUUGGUAAUGAGCGGAAACUUCAACCGGAUGCUUCACACUUGUACAUCCUGUGAAUCAUCUGGCUCAUCUGUGACAUUAUGUUCACUUCAAACGCAGAAAAGCAAGCAGAAGACAUUUCUGUGCGUCGCGAAUUGUGCAGCUGUCCAUUUUCUCUUCGUGUCUACAGAGUUAGGAUAUAAGCGUCAUACUUGCCAAUUCACGACAUUUCUUCACAAGAAUAGUGGCAGAAAACUUCAACUGCCCUUGACCAGGCUACAUCACAUACUGAGAUGGCAUCUGCAGGCUAUCAGGACAUUAAGAACAAUUUCAUAGAAUGUGGAGAAACACGAGAUGCAAAGAAAUACCGAAAAUCAGUCUCUGACACAGUGUGCAAACAUCGCCAUGCGAGUAUUACUCUCAAGAAGCCAGAGAAAUCAGAGUGGAAGAUUGGGGGCCUGGAUGACACGUGCUACAAAGGAGAAGAGGAAGUUAAGGAGUGGGGGAACUUCUACCUACCAGACAGUGUUACGAUGGAGGUGUUAGGAGCUGUGGAAAACCUCCCCUACCCGACAGAGAGUGGCCAGCUGGUCAUAAUGCUGUGUGAGGACCGUCAGGUGUAUGCUUAUGACGGAGAGGAGAUGCACCUGGUCGCUCUGAGCCUGAAGGAAGUCUUUGACUCUGGGCUUCAGUAUCCUGGCUUCAAGUCCUUCUACAGAGGGGAGUGCUUUAAGGACAUGACGAAGGAAGACUGGGACAUGGUAAGACAGGGCAGUGUGGGGAGGAUUCUUGAAAAUGAGCACCAGAAGUUACUGAGACAAGCCAAACCCAGCUUCCUGAGUUGUCUUAACUCCAUCAAAGGAGCAGGUGCCUGUAGCUAUCCCGAACCAGUGGAACCUCCAACAGUACUUGUUUAAGAAGCGAUAUAAUCACUACUUAUAGACCCAUAGUGACAAAAACUGGUCAUUAUUUCAAGUUAACGUGUAUGAUGGUGUUAGUAGGGCUGUGGUGGUCAUGAAAUUUGGAUUGUUAAUGCAAAUACCUGCCGAUGUCAUGGUAUUUGACUGUUAUUUAACAAACACAUUUAGCAUCUCCUGGAUUCCACCCAUAGAGUGCAUCUACAUUUUAAAAAGUCUAAUAAAUCUAUUUAAUAUAGCCUACACCAUCACAAUAAAUCCAUUAUUUUGGGCAGGUCUAAAGAAACAAUAUGAUAUGAAGAAAAUGUAGCCUAUUUCAGAAGAACAGAAUAGCAUAUUCUGAGUUGUCCUUAUGUUAGUCCCUGAUCUGGCUAUGCCAUAUGGCUGUGGGUUACGCUAGUUAAUUUAGCAGACAAUAAUUGCUUAUAAUUCCCGUGGCAUUAAAUUAUAUUAUUUUAUAGUGAGAACAAUAAAAUGUAACAUAGCUGAAUAAAAUAGAAAAUAUAUGUUUCCCCAAAUUAUUUCCAAGGGAGUGCAAACAUGCGGCUAUUCUGUGUUGAGCAUUUAACAAAGAAACAGAACCUCUUAUAUGCUUAAUUUAGAGUUAUUUAUGCAACUUUAGUUGUGAUACAAACGUUUGGCUAUAUGUUUUGAUUUCUAAUACAUUCUAAGGAUGCAUGAUGCGAGUAAUGAUGAAUAGAAAAAAAGUUGCAUGAAAGGCAAGCACUUUGCUCUGUUUCUUGCACAGGCUGCACACAUUUCAUCAGUCUCUCAUUGCUAAUAUUCUCACCCAUCAGACUAUUCUCAAUAUAAUCUGGUCUUUACAUAUAGCCUUUGCAUAUAGCCUUUGCAUAUAGCCUUUGCAUAUAGCCUUUACAUAUAACCUAUAUGUGUGGAAUAUUUUUUUAUUUUUUAGAAUGGCCCACCCCCCAAAAAAAAAUCUGGCAUCUGUAGCCUGCACUCUAAUAGCAAGUGGAGGUUACGUGCUGUUAUGUUUUUAAUAUACCAGGUAGGCUACACCAUUUGUAAAGCGGAUUAAGGUGCUUCAUUUUAAGAAUUGAGCAAUAAAUAUAAUAACACGAGAAAUCUGGGAUCCUCUUUUAAAUAGUAGCCAGUCAAACUCUGUGUUCACACGCGACUGCGCAAUGACUGGGCUUAUAAGAACCCAUUUCACUAGGCUCUGUAGGCUAUGGGCUCUCCAACCGUGUUCCAGGGGUCUUGGGACUAUAUGCUACUUUUGGAGUUAUUUGGCCACUUUAGUUAUGAAUCAACCUUAUCAAAACAUAUAGGCCUAUGUGCUAGGCUACAUGAUGCGUGUGACUAUGAUUAGAAAAACUCCCACAAAAAAUGCAUGCGCUGUUUCUUGCCUUAGACUGCACACGCUGGGCAUCAUUCACAAGUGAUAAUAUUCUCACCCCCAUCAAACUAUUUUCAAUUUAUUCUAGUCUUUACACAUACUAAAUAAUAUGUGUGAAAUUGGUUUUGAUUUAGAAUGGGCCAUUAUCAUGCACCUGUUGGAACAGGGGAAGGGGAAAAAAGACAUGUAGUCCGUAUGUCCUUGAAUAGAAAAUGGAGGAUGCUUUCCCCUAGGUUCAUUUUCAUGCCAGCCAGGUAGGCUACUCCAGUUGUAAAGCAAAACAAUGUGCUUAAUAUUAGGAAAGUUGAGAAAUAAAUAUAGUCGAUAGAAAUCUGAUGGGAUCCUCUUUUUAAAAGAGCUCAUCAAAACUCUUUCUCACGCAAUUGCAUAGCCUAUAGAAAUGUUGCGCAACAGGGCUUAUAGGAACACUUAUUUAAUUCUUUGCAUCAACCAGCUAUGAGUUGCUAGCACUCGCUACGCAAACUGAAUGUCAGGGCUCUCAUGAAGUGUUUGAUUUGAUUUAAUUGGACAAUAGAGCACAGAGUACCAGGCCAUUAGUCUGUUUGGUAGGCUACUAAUGACCAUCAGUGGCAUCAGAGCGCAGUUUUGGAGAAUUGUAGUUCCCGGGACUAAAUGUCACAUGGAAUUUGACUGCGGUCAUUACUCGUGACUGCCGGUGGGCGGUAAUAUGGUCACCUUAACAGCCCUAGAUGCAAUGCAUGAUACAUCCUUUUGGUUGUUAAUUCAAUGUGUCAAAGUUUUACUUCUAUCUUGUCCAUCAUCAAAUAAACUAGGCCUACUAAAUGUGUGAAUUAUGAAUCUUCUCUGCAUGCAGGACCAUGUCAUCAUUGUCUGGACAUUUAAAGUCUUAUCUGACUGUAUGUUUUCAGCAGUGGUAGAAAAUUCAGUAAACAUGUUAAAACUUUGAAUGUUUAACUUUUUUCUCUCUCCAAAGUACGCAUGUUACCUGUUUAAACCUCUCCUGCACAUUUUUCCUGCCGCGUCACUCCUGAACCAUACCAUACAGCUCUACAGGAGUCUACACUACUGUUAGGUUCUUAUUUUUCAGAGUAAAUGACUCACGGACACUAGAGAAGCUUUAACCAAGUUUAAUCAUCCACAAAGGUUCUGUACAGCAGUGAUCAGACAGCAAAACAUUUCAGACAUCACAGUUUAUAUGCAUCCUACUUAAGACACUCCUCCUUACAGUUUAUGGCUCCACAGGAAAGAAGGUAACCAGAUACCAACCCUGAUUACUCCCUUAAGGGGAACUGACCUCACCCCUCACCUCCUGACCUCAACCCCUUCUUCACCUAAUCCACAGAUAUCCAUCUGUCUUCCUUAUAUCAACACACCUCCAUCAAACACAUUCCAAAGCCUUCUGUCUUUCUUCAGAGAACCAUUAACUUCUAACAUAGUCUCUUUCAUUUCCUAUCAUUCAUUUACUACCUAUAUGAUCAAAGUUUAGCUGAUUCCAACACUACCAACCAAUCACUUCAUCUGCCUCAGAAACUCUGUGCUGGACCAAUCACAUAUUUGGUGCACUAAUAAACAAAUAUACACAAAUUAA